AUGGCAAUCCACCACCACAAUGACCAACUACAACAUAAUGACAAUGUCUCAUCUGCCCUUGAUGCCCUUUACUGUGAUGAGGCAGAGUGGGAAGAUGAAGAUGAAGAGGAGGAAGAAGAUGUAGAGAGUGAUGUCACAACAAAUGAUGAUGCAUAUGAGCUGCACCACGCUGGAACUUCUCUUUUCCAUCUGCUCUUGUUGGAGCAAGACUUGUUCUGGGAAGAUGAGGAACUAAACUCUCUCUUUUCCAAAGAGAAGCUUCAACAUGAAGAAGUUUAUGGCUAUAACAAUCUGAAUAAUAGUGAUGAUAUUAAGGAUAAUGAUGGUUGUAAUAAUACUAAUAAUAAUGUGCAUUUCAACCCUUCUUUCUCUCAGCCUCGUCGUGAGGCAGUGGAAUGGAUGCUUAAAGUCAAUGCUCAUUAUGGAUUCUCUGCUCUCACUGCAACAUUGGCCGUUACUUACCUGGAUAGGUUCCUUCGAAGCUUCCAUUUUCAAAGGGAGAAGCCUUGGAAGAUCCAGCUCGUGGCUGUUACUUGCAUCUCUUUAGCUGCAAAAGUUGAAGAAACUCAAGUGCCUCUUCUCUUGGACCUUCAAGUGCAAGACACUAAGUAUGUGUUUGAGGCAAAAACAAUUCAGAGAAUGGAGCUGCUGGUUCUGUCCACCCUCAAAUGGAAGAUGCAUCCCGUGACCCCACUCUCGUUUCUAGAUCACAUUAUAAGAAGGCUUGGUUUGAAAACUCAUCUUCACUGGGAGUUUCUCAGGCGCUGUGAGCAUCUUCUCCUGUCUGUGCUUUUAGAUUCAAGAUUUGUUGGGUCUCUUCCUUCUGUUUUGGCCACUUCAACAAUGCUGCAUGUCAUAGACCAGAUCGAACACAGUGGUGGGAUGGAAUACAAAAAUCAGCUUCUGAGUGUUCUCAAAAUUAGCAAGGAGAAAGUAGAUGAAUGUUAUAAUGCAAUUCUCCAACUCUCAAAUGCCAAUAAUUAUGGUCAUAACAACAACAUUAACAAACGCAAGUGUGAGCAAAUUCCAGACAGUCCUAGUGGCGUAAUUGAUGCUGCAUUUUGCUCUGAUGGUUCCAACGAUUCGUGGGCAGUGGGGUCAUCAUUAUAUUCACCACCAGAGCCUCUGUUCAAGAAGAGCAGAACCCAAGGACAACAAAUGAAAUUGUCACCACUUAACCGGGUCAUUGUCGGAAUUGUUGGCACCUCUCCAUGA